UGACGACGAGGGAAAGAACGGCACCGAUCGGGCCCCGCGGGAGGAGAGGCGGGCAAGGCAUAGCUUUCCCUGCCAUGCCAGCCCCGCGCUUGCUCUCCUCCCCGCAAGCCAAGAACCUGGCCGGAGGGGCCCGGUCGAGCCCUGCUGCGAUCACGGCUACUUAAGCUCGUCCAUGGCGGACGGGCAAAACGACGAGACGUGGGGGUGAGGGAGAAGCGGCGCGAAGGAACCAGAUGGGCCGCGCGUUCACGUACGUGAUCCUGGGCGGCGGCGUGGCCGCUGGCUACGCGGCGCUCGAGUUCGUCCGCCGCCGCGGCGACGCCACCCCCGGCGAGCUCUGCAUCAUCUCCGAGGAGGCCGUUGCUCCUUACGAACGUCCUGCGCUAAGCAAAGGCUAUCUGCUCCCGGAAGGUGGCGUUCGUCUCCCAGCAUUUCAUACUUGUGUUGGUGCCAACGAUCAGUUACUUACAGAAGAUUGGUAUAAUGAACAUGGUAUUGAGCUUAUUCUUGGAAUGAGGAUAAUUUCUGCUGACGUGCGUCGGAAGACAUUGCUUACUUCCGGUGGGGAAACUAUCAGCUAUAAAACUCUUAUUGUCGCAACGGGUGCUCGGGCCUUGAAGCUGGAAGAAUUUGGAGGGAGUGGCUCGGAUGCUGAGAAUGUCUGUUAUCUGCGUAAUAUUGAGGAUGCGGAUAAAUUAGUCCGUCAAAUGAGAUCAUGUCCCGGUGGCAAUGCUGUUGUAAUUGGUGGUGGAUAUAUAGGAAUGGAAUGUGCUGCUGCUUUGGUUGCCAACAAGAUAAAGGUUACCAUAAUCUUCCCUGGAAAACACUGCAUGGAUCGUCUGUUUACACAAAAAAAUGCUGAAUUCUACGAGAACUACUAUACUUCAAAAGGAGUUACUUUUAUCAAAGGAACUACAGUUUCAUCACUGGAGAUCUCAUUUGGAAAGGUGACCACAGCAAUACUGCGAGACGGCAGGCGCCUACCUGCCGACAUGGUCGUGGUUGGUAUCGGGGCGCGCGCGAACACCGCGCUCUUCGAAGGCCAGCUGGUCAUGGAAAAGGGCGGCAUCAAGGUGAACGGGAAGAUGCAGACGAGCGACGCCUCCGUGUACGCGGUGGGCGACGUGGCCACGUUCCCCGUCAAGCUCUUGGGCGGCGACGCCCGCCGGUUCGAGCACGUCGACUGCGCCCGCAGGACCGCCAGGCACGCCGUCGCGGCGGCGCUGGACCCCUCGGGCGCCGCCGGGGACAUCGACUACCUGCCCUUCUUCUACUCCAGGGUCUUCGCGCUGUCGUGGCGGUUCUACGGCGACAACGCCGGGGAGGCCGUCCACUUCGGGGACCUGAGCUUGUCCGCGUCUUCCCCGCCCAAGUUCGGCGCGUUCUGGGUCAGCGCGGGACGCAUCGCCGGCGCGUUCCUGGAGGGCGGGAGCCCGGAGGAGUACGAGGCGACCGCGCACGCCGUCCGGAGCGGGGUGGCGGUCCCGGACGCGGCCCAGCUCGCCCGUGAGGGCCUCGCGUUCGUCGUUCGGGAGGGCCGGAGCCCCGCCGCGCGGCCGCGUCCGGGUGGGCUUUCUGGCGGCGGCGGCGGCAGCGACAAGCCUUCCUACGCGUGGCACGCCACGGUCGGCGUGGCCGCGGCGGUGUCCAUCGCGGCGCUCGCGUACUGGUACGGCCGGAAGGCGCCGUGCUUGGUGAAGCGCUGCUUCUGAAUAACCUUUGGUACCGCUGCGAUGAGCUCAGAUGUCAGGGCGUGCAUGUUUCUAGUAGAAACUCUCGUCUAAUUGCGUGGAAUAAACACAUCGAAACUGUAAAUUUAUCUAUCACGCGCUCUCGUAAACCAAUCCUUCCAUCA